AUGUACAACACAUUACAGCUGGUUUUACAACAGGAACUGGAAGCCAUUGAAAAUGCAGGUUUAUAUAAAAAGGAACGCAUUAUUAUAUCGCCGCAAGGGGCGGAUAUUACCGUACAGGGCGGGCAGGAAGUAAUAAACUUUUGUGCUAAUAAUUACCUUGGUUUAUCUGGCAAUGCCAAAGUUAUACAGGCGGCCAAAGAUGCCAUGGAUACCCAUGGUUAUGGCCUCUCGUCUGUAAGGUUUAUUUUUUGUACACAGGAUAUUCAUAAGCAACUUGAAAAAAAGAUAGCCAAAUUUUUAGGCACCGAAGAUACUAUUCUAUACGCAGCGGCAUUUGAUGCUAACGGUGGCGUUUUUGAACCUUUGUUUAACGAACAGGAUGCUA